CGGAGCAGCACACGGAGCGCACCAGUGUCGCGGUCUACGCGGCGCGGGGCACAACCACGCGGGACGCGGCGGACUUCUACGCGGCGGGAAGUGCUGCUGGUGACCAUCUUGGAGGAGGUAGUAGUACUAGUGGAGGCACGACGACGACGUCCAACAGCGCGUCUGGUCGAGGGGCGACUGCGGUGUCGAGCAGUAGCCGAGCGACGUCGACGUCGUCGGCAUCUGUUGCAGCCUCGGCCCCCGCUGGCGGGACGACCAGUGGAGGUGCGUCGAAGAGCAGUACGAAGGCCAGCACUAUCAAAAUGAAAGAUCCCGCCUCCCCAUAUUCAAAAAAAAAUCAUCUGAUGCUGGAUCUGCGUACACAAAUGUUGAGCUCUAUGUUGCAGUAAGGGACCACAGCAGGCAGUAGAGCCUCGGCCCGUUUAGGCCAUUCGCGGGGUCUAGUUUUUCAGCAUGACAAAGAACUCCACCGCUGUAGUCCCAGCAUACUGCGUACUUAUGCGGCGCACACCUCUCCUGCGCGUGCCUAGUCUUGCAACACAAAGCUGAUUAUUUGUGGCCACAAAUCCGCAUGACAGAUUCGCACUCUGAGUAUUGGGAGAGCAGGGAGUGUUUCCUCACAAUAAGCACCAGCAGUUCUUCUUCAUCCACGUCGCGGAGUGCGGCAGCGGAGGUCCCGGCCAGUUUGGAAGAGCCCGCGGCGCACCGCUUUCGCGGGGUCCGACUGCGGGGCGAGGUGAUGCGUAGCAUUUUAGCCGCGUCGAGCCGGCGCGCGGGGGCAGCAGCUGCAGCGGAAGACGGAAGUAGAACUGGAAAAGAUUCUGCUAGAAUGAAAAGUACGUCCGACGGGGGAAAAAUCAAGAAAGCCAGGAGAAAGAAGUCACGUUGCGAGGCCACAGCCGCUACAGCAUCCUCUUCUUCGGGCCUUGUUGGCACCAAUACUCCUGCGUCGAACAACUCGGUCAGUCAAUUCGACCCGCCGGCCCGCCGGAGUGGCGUGUUGUCGCACGUAGGUCCUCCCCCUCCUGCUGCCGCGCCAACAAGUUGUAGUACUACAUCAGCGGCCCCCUCCACCACGACCACGGCCGGUCUUCACAAGCCCCCACCGCAACUCCCGAGCCAGCUCCCGCCCCAACUGCCCCCCGCCAUGGCCCCAGCCGUCCCGACCGGGCAGAGCCGGCCGUCCUGGACCGCGGUGAAGCCGAAGAGCGGCGCGUCUCCGGCCUUCAGCUCGACGUCGCCCUCCUCGCCCCCGCUCCCGCCGCCACUCCCGCCCGCCCUCGGGCCGCCUCCGCUGACCGACCGACCCGGCGGGUCGUUGUUUCCGCC